AUGAGUUCUGAAGGUUCAGCUAAAAAAGUUAAAAUCAAAAAAGAAAAAUAUUUUGUGGGCGAGUUACAACAGAAGGGUGAUUUUGCUGUAGAACCUUCUCAAGCAGUUGUUAAACUUGAAACUUCAGACUGGCCUUUGUUGUUGAAAAAUUUUGAUAAGUUAAAUGUCCGCUCUAACCAUUUCACUCCAUUACCGUUUGGGUGUUCGCCUUUAAAAAGGGAACUAAAAGAUUAUAUAAGUGGCGGUUAUAUCAAUUUAGAUAAGCCAGCUAAUCCCAGUUCCCAUGAAAUUGUGGCAUGGAUCAAAAGGAUUUUGAAGGUUGAAAAAACUGGUCAUUCAGGAACCCUUGAUCCUAAAACAACAGGAUGCUUGAUUGUUUGCAUUGAAAGGGCUACAAGAUUAGCCAAAUCUCAGCAAACAGCGGGAAAAGAAUAUGUAUGCAUUUUUAAAUUACAUUCUUCAGUUGAUAGCGUUGACUCAGUUAGAAGAGCUCUUGAAAAGUUAAGAGGACCUUUAUUUCAAAGACCGCCAUUAAUUUCUGCUGUUAAAAGACAGUUAAGGGUUAGAAAUAUCUAUGAUAGUAAAUUAAUAGAGUAUGAUAUGGAAAAAAAUCAGGGGAUUUUUUGGGUUAAAUGUGAAGCAGGUACCUAUGUAAGAACAAUGUGUGUUCAUUUAGGACUUCUAUUAGGGGUUGGUGGUCAAAUGAUAGAAUUAAGAAGAAAUCGCUCAGGUAUUCAAAGUGAAAGUGAUGGUUUGGUAACUAUGCAUGAUGUAUUGGAUGCUCAAUGGGUUUAUGACAAUUAUAAAGAUGAAUCUUAUUUGAGAAGGGUAAUAAAACCAUUGGAAGGUUUACUUGUUCAACAUAAAAGAAUUAUAAUGAAAGACAGUUCUGUGAGUGCUAUAUGUUAUGGUGCCAAAAUAACACUGCCAGGUGUACUAAGAUAUGAAGACGGGAUUGAACUUGGAGAAGAAAUAGUUAUUGUAACCACAAAGGGGGAAGCUAUUUGCAUAGCCAAUGCUUUGAUGACCACAGCAACUAUUGCUAGCUGCGAUCAUGGGGUAGUGGCUAAAAUCAAAAGAGUUAUUAUGGAAAGAGACCUUUACCCAAGAAGGUGGGGUCUGGGGCCUAAGGCAUCCAUGAAAAAAAAUAUGAUAAAACAAGGACUUUUGGAUAAAUAUGGUAAACCGAAUGAAAAAACCCCUAGUGAUUGGCUCACAUCUUAUGUUGAUUACAAUACUUCAGUUAAAAAAGAACCUGAAUCAGAACCUUCACUACCUACUAAAAAGAGAAAGUUAAGCGAUUCCAGUCAAAUGGAUACAAGCGUGGAUCAAUCGCAAAUAACUUCCGAGUCAACAAAAAAAGAUAAGAAAAAGAAGAAAAAGAGAAAAAAGGAUGAUGAAGAAGCCGAAGAACAGGAAGCAAAUGAAUCAAGUUCAGAGGCAGUAAAGGAGAAAAAGAAGAAGAAGAAGAAAAAUAAAGACAAAGACAAAGACAGAGAAGCAAAAGAUGAAGAAACCGAAAUUAAAUGGUACGAGUAA